UACCUAGGUAUACACAUUACCUUCAUUCUGCUUUCAUCCCCCCUUACACUCUGUCUCUACGCCUCUACACUUCAAAUCGCCAUCCUCGUAUUACCCGACCGCAGUUUGCCCCGCAGUCAAACCCCCCGUAGCCGUCACCUCCGCUGGGCACGCCUCGCAGUCUUACCUCCGCCACCACCAUGGCGCUCGACACCUUUUUCCACAACAAGAUCGAGAGCAUGAAACUCGAGAUCAUACAAGGGCAGGCAGUGCUCCGACGGUUAGAAGCUCAGCGGAACGACUACAACUCACGGGUGCGGCUGUUACGGGAGGAGCUCGGUCUGCUCCAGCAGCCCGGGUCCUAUGUCGGUGAAGUCGUGAAGGUGAUGGGCACAAAGAAGGUGCUCGUCAAGGUGCAUCCAGAGGGCAAAUAUGUUGUUGACAUCUCCGACAACGUCGACAUCAGCAAGCUCACCCCCGGCAAGCGCGUCACCCUCUUGAGCGACUCCUACAAACUCGAGAAGAUGCUCCCCUCCUCCGUCGACCCGCUAGUGUCCCUCAUGAUGGUGGAAAAGGUUCCGGAUAGCACGUAUGACAUGAUCGGCGGGCUGGACCAGCAAAUCAAGGAGAUUAAGGAGGUCAUUGAGCUAGGCCUUCAGCACCCAGAACUCUUCGAAUCCCUCGGUAUAGCGCAACCAAAGGGCGUGCUACUCUACGGCCCGCCCGGGACUGGCAAAACGCUCCUUGCGCGUGCGGUGGCGCAUCACGCCGACUGCAAAUUCAUCCGCGUGUCUGGCAGCGAGCUCGUCCAGAAGUACAUUGGCGAAGGCAGCCGCAUGGUCCGCGAACUCUUCGUCAUGGCCCGUGAACACGCCCCGAGCAUCAUUUUCAUGGACGAAAUCGACAGCAUCGGGUCCAGCCGCGUCGAAGGCUCGUCCGGCGGCGACUCCGAAGUCCAGCGCACCAUGCUGGAACUCCUCAACCAGCUCGACGGCUUCGAGCCGACCAAGAACAUCAAGAUCAUCAUGGCGACGAACCGUCUCGAUAUUCUGGACCCGGCCCUGCUCCGUCCCGGCCGCAUCGACCGCAAGAUCGAGUUCCCGCCGCCGAGCGUGGAGGCCCGAGCGGAUAUCCUACGCAUCCACUCGCGCAGCAUGAAUCUCACGCGCGGGAUCAAUCUGACCAAGAUUGCGGAGAAGAUGAAUGGGUGUUCGGGCGCCGAGCUGAAGGGCGUGUGCACCGAGGCGGGCAUGUACGCUCUGCGCGAGAGGAGGGUGCACGUCACGCAGGAGGAUUUUGAUCUCGCGACGGCAAAGGUGCUGAACAAGCACGAUGACAAGGCGAUGAGUUUGAGCAAGCUGUGGAAGUGAGCGCUUGCUUGGUGGUUUGGAGGGAGAUGGAUCAUCUAGACAAGAGCGUCUUCAUCUCGUGUGCCAAUGUACGAUCUAUUCAUUGCCGCAUUUGAUGUACCUCGCUUUCCGCACGCAUUAUGAAUAUAGACGCAUAUUCUCUUC